CGGAAGUUUUUUUGUGACCGUCCAUCCCUGUGCUCCAUGUGUACAGUCAUUUUUAUGUCGUUUUGCUAUGGUUAUCAUGAGGAAAUUCAUUUGUGUGGGUAGAAACACCUCCAGCUUCAGAAGAACCGUCCUUCAGGUCAAAGCUCCGUCUAGUCGCCGCCAUGAUGAUCCGGAGACCAGUCAUGCCCUCACCCGGGGUCAGAGCUCUGCGGCCGAGCACGCUCCAGCACCAGACACCGAUGACAAGCCCCGGCUCAGAGCCAUCGAUCUGGCUCAGGAAGUCCGGCAGGAGAAGAAACAGACGGGGGAAGCCGGAACCGCGGCGUCCGCUCGUCCCGGGCGGGUGGCGGAGCUGAAACGGUUCAGUCAGCAGCUGCAGAACGUCCAUCCCAACGUGCUGGCCAAGCAUCUCCACAGAGGCGUCCUGUACACGGAUAAGGAUAUAGUUGUUGUCAAUAAACCUUACGGUGUUCCUGUCAGAGAGGAUGCAGGAGCCAGUUCCAUCUCCUCUGUCCUUCCGGUCCUCUCCAAAAUGAUGACCGGGAUGAAAGUAAAGUCUGGAUCUCCACUCCUCCCCUGCCUCGGCCUGGAGAAGGACUCAACGGGAGCCCUCCUGCUAGCCAGGAGUGAGGAAGUGGUGGAGCGCAUACAAUCCCUGAAAAGAAAUAACCAAGUGCAGAGAAAAUACUGGGUUGUUGCAGUCGGUGUUCCUGUUCCAUCUGACGGACUGGUGGACAUUCCUAUUAUUGAAAGAGAGGUUGCAGGUCCUCAGCCACACUUCAAGAUGGCUCUGAGUCCGCUCUUUCGAAUGAGCGACGCAGGACACGGGUUAACCAGAGUCCGAGGUCACCGGCAGGCCCAUCCUGCUGUCACCAAGUACAGGGUCCUGGAGAGCUGCGGCGGCUGCAGCCUGGUGGAGCUCCAGCCUUUAACCGAAGUGAAGCAUCAGAUGAGGGUUCACAUGGCGUUUGCUCUGGAUUGCCCGAUUCUUGGGGACCACAAGUACUCUCAUUGGAGCAAACUGGCACCACAGAAAUUGCCAGAACACGUUCUGAAAAAGCUCGGACUGGAACAAAGCAAGAUCCGGUACCUUCCCCUCCAUCUCCACGCCCGGCAGCUGCUGCUGCCCGGAAGCAGCGGCCAAGCCGGCAUCCGGGUUUCCUGUCCUCUGCCCAAGUACUUCCUGCAAACACUGAACCGACUGCGCCUGAACUCGACUGAGGACAAAGAUGAAAAGUCACCUUCAGAAAUCCAAGACGCACAAGUCCAAAAGCGAUAGCCGGGACCAGAAACUGGACAUGACCGUUGAAAUUAAAUGGGGGAUUACCUGCAAAGGUGGCUUCCAGGAGGAGUCUGGUGUGCCGCUGUAGAGCUAAACAAAAGCUUUGAUAAUAAAGUGUUGUAGAUCUGAAA